AUGGCAAGCCUGCUCGCGUGCUCUCCUUGUGCCACAGCUUCAGCGCUCGCCGUCCGCGGAAGCCUGUACCGGGGCCUCGCAGCCCGUCCACAGCCGGCGCGCAUCGGAGCCCGGAGCAACGCGACGCGCAUUGUCUGCCUGCUCGCGUCCCGGCCGCACCUUCCGCCCGGCUUCGCCCCGCUCUCUUUCGACCCGCGCGGCGCCCGGUGCACGCGCACGUUCGCGAAGCGCAAGGCCAAGGACCCCGACUUCGACCCCUUCCUCAACGAAGACACCAUGCCGGAGGACGCCAAGCGCAAGGCCGAGGCUGCGGAGGGCGGCACCCCCAAGAAGGCUGCCACCGCGGUGCCGCUCAAGUGCAACAAGAAGCGCUGGCGCGAGCUGCGCCCAGGCGAGCCCGGGUCCGGCCCGGUGGUGUACUGGAUGGAGCGCGACCGCCGCGCGUCGGACAACUGGGCGCUGAUCCACGCGAUCGAGGUGGCGCAGGCGAAGAACACGCGCGUGGUGGUGGCGUUCAGCCUCGUGUCGGACUUCAUCAUGGGCGGGGGCGCGCGGCAGCACUGCUUCAUGCUCCGCGGCCUGAAGGAGCUCAAGCCCAAGCUCGAGGGCCUCAACAUCCCCUUCUACCUCCUCCGCGGCGACCCGCGCGAGACGAUCCCUGCGCUGUGCCGCGACCUGGGCGCGGGCCUCCUGGUCACGGACUUCCACCCGAUGCGGCUGCAGCGGUCCUGGCGCGACGGCGUGGCGAAGACGGUGCUCUGCCCGAUGCACGAGGUCGACGCCCACAACGUCGUGCCCGUGUGGGUCGCGUCGGACAAGCGCGAGUAUGCCGCGCGCACCAUCCGCCCCAAGAUCCACGCAAAACUCGGAGAGUUCCUCAAGGACUUCCCGGAGCUCCCCGAGAUGCCGGAGAAGCCCGUGCUGGCGCGGCCCGCGGAGCACGUGGACUUCGACGCGAUCAUCAAGGAGGCGAACGAGCGCGGCGCGGAGGUGCCCGAGGUGACGUGGAUCACCGCGGGCGAGACGGCCGCGAUGGAGGCGCUCGUCGGCGAGGAGGGCGGCUUCCUGACCAAGGCGCGGCUGCCGCUGUACGACGCCAAGCGCAACGACCCGACCGUCCCGCACGCCCAGUCGGGCAUGAGUGCGUGGAUCCGAUUCGGGCACAUCUCCGCGCAGCGGUGCGCGAUCGAGGCGCAGCGCCGGAAGACGUCGUCGACGCACAAGGCGGUGGAGUCGUUCCUGGAGGAGCUCGUGGUCCGGAAGGAGCUGUCGGACAACUUUUGCUUUUACACCCCCAACUACGACUCGCUCGAGUGCGCGUCGGAGUGGGCGCAGGAGACGCUGCGCGUGCACGCGAAGGACAAGCGCGAGCACCUGUACACGCGCGAGCAGCUCGAGGCCGGGAAGACGCACGACGACCUGUGGAACGCGGCGCAGAAGGAGAUGGUGCACCUGGGCAAGAUGCACGGGUGGGUGCGCAUGUACUGGGCGAAGAAGAUCCUCGAGUGGACCGCGUCGCCCGAGGAGGCGCUCGACACCGCGCUCUACCUGAACGACCGCUACGAGCUCGACGGCCGCUGCCCGAACGCUGUGGUGGGCUGCAUGUGGAGCGUGGCCGGCAUCCACGACAUGGGCUGGACGGAGCGGCCCAUCUUCGGGAAGAUCCGCUACAUGAACUACAACAGCACGAAGAAGAAGUUCAACAUCCCGGGGUACAUCGCCCUCGUCGACCGCCGCGUCGGCGGCAAGGGCAGCCAGGCGCAGGCUGUGUCCAAGAUGUUUGCUGCCGCAGAAACGAAGCCGAAGAAGAAGGCCAAGAAGGCCAAGCUGGUCGACGGCGACGACAUCUAA